ACCGGGCUGCGGGGGGCGGCCAGAGGAACAGGCGGCUCUGAAGACGGAGAGGCCCCGGGGCUCGGAGAACGGCGCCCCAGCUGCUCUGAAAAGCUCUUUCCUUGGGCAGAGUGGUCCCUCCCGCCCCCCGAGAUGACGAACAGCUCCGUCUUCUGUCCCGUUUACACAAGCCUGGAGCCCUUCACGUACUUCUUCUAUCUGGUUUUCCUCGUUGGAAUCAUCGGAAGCUGUUUUGCAACCUGGGCCUUCGUGCAGAACCACACCCAGCACAGGUGUGUGAGCAUCUACCUGAUCAACCUGCUGACGGCCGACUUCCUGCUGACGCUGGCGCUGCCGGUGAAGAUCGCCGUGGACCUGGGGGUGGCGCCCUGGAAGCUGAAGAUGUUCCACUGCCAAGUGACCGCCUGCUUCAUCUACAUCAACAUGUACCUGUCCAUCAUCUUCCUGGCCUUCGUCAGCAUCGACCGCUGCCUGCAGCUCACGCGCAGCUGCAAGGUGUACCGGAUCCAGGAACCCGGGUUCGGCAAGAUGAUCUCGGCCGUCGUGUGGGUCAUGGUCCUUCUCAUCAUGGUCCCGAACAUGGUGAUUCCCAUCAGGGACGUCAAGGAGAAGCCGAACGUGGGGUGCAUGGAGUUCAAGAACGAGUUCGGGAGAAACUGGCACCUGCUGACCAACUUCAUAAGCGUGGCUAUAUUUCUGAACUUCUCCGUCAUCAUCUUAAUCUCCAACUGCCUCGUGAUCCGGCAGCUCCGCAGGAACAGAGAUAGUGACGCGUACCCGAACGUGAAAAGGGCUCUCGUCAACGUCCUCCUGGUGACGACUGCCUACGUGGUCUGCUUCGUCCCCUACCACAUGGUCCGGAUCCCGUACACGCUCAGCCAGACGGAAGUCAUCUCCGACUGCCCCACGCGGGUUUCGCUCUUCAAGGCCAAAGAGGCCACGCUGCUCCUGGCCGUGUCCAACCUGUGCUUUGACCCGAUCCUGUACUACCACCUGUCAAAGGCGUUCCGCGGGAAGGUCACCGCCACGUUUGCGUCACACAAGGAGAGCAGGGCUCAGAGAGAAAAACCGAGCUGUGGAACCAACGCAUAAACCGGGGGAUGGGGCUGUGACCUCCCUCUGCCACCUCUCCCCGCCGGGCACUCGGGACAGACAGCUG